AUGCAGGACGACAAGCCACUGUUAAUCCAGAACAUCAUCGACCACGCGGCGCGCGUCCACGGCACCCGCGAGAUCACGAGCCGCUGGUGCAGCGACGACGCGGCGACGGCGCGGACGACCUACGGCGAGGCGCGCCUGCGCGCCGGCGCCCUCGCGGCGGCCUUGACGAAGGACCUCGGCUGCGCCCGCGGCGACCGCGUCGCGUCGCUCUGUUUUAACCACGGCGCGCACUUCGACGCCUAUUUCGGCGUGCCCGGCGCGGGGCUCGUGCUCCACACGGUGAACCCCAGAUUAUACGAGCACCAGCUCGCCUACAUCUUCACCCACGCGGCGCCGACCGCGAUUCUCGUCGACGGCGGCUUCGCGGACCUGUUGGCGCGAGUUUUGGCGCUGUGCGCCGCCGACUACGCGCCCCGCGCCGUCGUCGUGGUCCCCGACGGCCGGCCGGGCGACGACCGGGCCACGCGGACCGCGGAGGCGAGCGCGCGCGGCUGGCUCGAGUACGACGCGCUCCUGGAGCGGCGCCUGGGCGAGGACGUGGCGUGGGCCGACGAUUUGGACGAGACCGCGGCGAGCGGGUUGUGUUACACGUCGGGCACCACGGGCGACCCGAAGGGCUGCCUCUUCUCCCACCGGUCCACCAUGCUCCACACGCUCUUCUCCCUCACGGCGCCGUCCAUGGGCCUCCGCAAGGCCGACGCGGCGCUGCCCUUCGUGCCCAUGUUCCACGUGAACGCGUGGGGGCUGCCCUGGGCCGCCGCGCUCGCGGGCUCGAAGCUCUGCCUGCUCGCGGGGCCGCUGGACGGGGCCGUCGCGGGCUCGUACGCGGCCGACGAGGGCGUGACCUUCGCCGCGGGCGUGCCGACGGUCUUCAUGGCGCUCGCUGACGGGCUCGAGGCGCGGCGCGACGCGGCGCUCUUCUCGGCGGACGGCCGCGUCGUCGUCGGCGGCGCGGCGACGCCGCCGGCGCUCGCGGAGCGCUACGAGGCCCGGGGCUGCCACGUCGUGCGCUCGUGGGGCAUGACGGAGCUCUCGCCCGUCGGCGUCAUGGGCCCGCACCGCGACGACGGCAUCGGACGGGCGGACGCGGACGCGCCCGUCGCCGCGGGCUUCGAGCUCUUCGGCGUCGAGCUGCGGGUCGUCGACGACGGGGGCGCCGCGCUCCCGCGCGACGGGUCGAGCCAGGGCGAGCUCGAGGUCCGCGGGCCCGCGACGAUCCGCCGCUACUACGGCGCGGCCGAGGACGCCUGCGACGCCGACGGCUGGUUCAAGACCGGCGACGUCGCGACGAUUUCUUCCACGGGGGCGUUGGCCAUCCGCGACCGCGCCAAGGACGUCGUCAAGUCCGGGGGCGAGUGGAUCUCGUCCGCGGAGCUCGAGGGUCUGGCGCACGCGCACGACGCGAUCGACUCGUCGGACGGCCCGGGCGCGGCGGUCAUCGCGGCGCCGCACGACGCGUACGGCGAGCGGCCCGUGCUCGUCGCGCGCCUCAAGCCGGGGGCGACGGCGACGAAGCAGGAGUUGCUGGAUUUCUACGUCGGCAAGGUCGCCAAGUGGUGGAUCCCCGACGACGUCAUCUUCUUCGACGGGCCGCUGCCGCUCACGGGCACGGGCAAGAUCUCCAAGCUCGAGCUCCGCAAGCUCCUGCUCGACGACUACGUCCUCCCGGCGAAGUAA